AUGACAGAAUACAGUAAAGCCUUGGAUGCUGAGACAGCGUUAUACACAGAGCUAUGGAAAGCUUGUGCUGGUCCUUUAGUCACUGUGCCUCAGGAAAAUGAGCUCGUUUUCUAUUUCCCUCAGGGUCACAUAGAACAGGACAUGUCACGUCAACCUCCAACUCAGGAAUUAGUAGCCAAAGAUUUGCAUGGAAAUGAGUGGAGAUUUCGGCAUAUUUUUCGUGAGAUAGAUGGAACUAUUCGUGUACUCGCGCUAACGGCUUUCUUUGAUCCUUGCUCUGAGCGACUUGCCCGUAAGCUACGUUGGCCUGUUCCUCAAGUGUGA